AUGGAGUUAAAAUGUGUGAGGGUGUGGUUGAUUUUGAUGUUGAUGUUUAUUUCAUCAAAAAGAUUGAGGGUUAAGGGUUGUUUGAAGCAAGAGAAAUCUGCUCUCUUGCAACUUAAACAUUUCUUCAAUAAUCCUUACUCAAUUCAAGAUUGGGUUGAGGGAGAUAAGGAUUCAUCAGAUUGUUGUCAAUGGAAAGGGAUUGAAUGCAACAAUACAACAGGUAGAGUGACAAGUCUUUAUCUGGACUAUGCAAGAAAUCAAGAAUUCGAAGAGUGGAACCUGAAUGUUUCUUUGUUUUCUCCCUUCCAAGAGCUGGAAAUACUUUAUUUAAGUGACAAUCUUAUAGUUGGUUGUGUUGACAAUGAAGGUUUUGAAAGAUUAUCACACUUGAGUAAUCUCAAGACUCUCUACCUCAAUUACAAUAUGUUUAAUGACAGCCGUAUUUUAUCAGCUUUGAGUGAACAUUCAUCUCUCAAGAAUUUAAGUUUAGCUUAUAAUCAUUUAAGAGAACUAAACCAUUUUAAUGUAUCACAGUUGACCAACUUGAAGUAUUUCAGUUUAAGCGGUAACACCUUCAACCAUAAUAUACUACCAUAUGUGUCUGUUUUUCCUUCAUUAAAAGAGUUACAUAUUGUUAACAUUGGAUUGAAAGGAACAUUUGAUUUUCAAGAUUUUCCCACUUUCAAGAACUUGAAAUUUUUGUACAUUUAUCAUACUCAUCUUGGGAUGUUCAAUGGAUCUUUUCUAAAGCAAGGAAUUUGUAAGUCACUUCAUCUUCAGAAGUUGGUCAUUGUAGACAGUGAUUUGGGUGGUAAUUUGUCUUGGUGCCUUACGAACUUGACCUCCCUUGAACUUGUUGAUAUCUCAUCAAAUCAAUUUACUAGAGACAUAUCCUUAUCUCCCCUUAAGGUGCUAACAUCCAUCCGAGACUUAUGGCUUUCAGACAAUCAAUUCCAAAUUCCAUUUUCCCUUGAACCAUUUUUUAACCACUCAAAACUCAAGAUCUUCCAUAGUGAGAAUAAUGAAAUUUAUGUAGGAAGCCAAUCACAAUAUUUGGCGCCAAAAUUUCAAUUAAAUUUCAUCAAAUUAUCGACCCAUAAUGGUCCAUUUUCAAAAAUGGUUGGUGAUUUUUUUCCCAAAUUCCUUUACAGUCAACAUGACUUAGAAGAAGUUGAUCUCUCCAACCUUAAUUUGAAGGGAAAUUUUCCAAUUUGGUUGUUAAACAACAACACCAACCUAAAAAAACUUUAUCUUGUUAACAAUUCUCUUUCAGGGCCUUUGCAAUUACCCAUUCAUUCUCAUAUAUUUUUGAAAGAAUUAGAUAUCUUCAUCAAUUCCUUCCAUGGGCAUAUUCCAACAAGAAGUGGAGCUUAUCUACCAAUGCUACAAACUUUAAACAUUUCUCGAAAUUUUUUAAAUGGUAGCAUUCCCUCAUCUUUUGGUGAUAUGAAAUCACUAGAAAGUUUGGACUUGUCCUAUAAUUCAUUGAUCGGACAGAUACCUUAUCAAAUGGUCAUGGGUUGUUUUUCAUUACAAUUCCUUGUAUUGUCAAACAACAGUCUGCAAGGUGAAAUAUUCCCAACAACUUUUAACCUGAAAAACUUGUUAAAGUUACAAUUGGAUGGCAAUAACUUCACUGGAAAAAUCCCAAAUAGCUUGUCUAAUUGCUCCUUAGAAUGGUUGUAUAUAAGUGAUAACCGUCUUGUUGGCACGUUACCAAGGUGGUUAGGAAAUAUGCCAAAUUUGAGAGAUAUUAUAAUGUCAAAUAAUCAUCUUGAAGGUUUAAUCCCAUUGGAGUUUUGUCAAUUAGAAAAUCUUGAAGUAUUAGACCUUUCAAAGAACAAUAUUAUAGGGAGUUUACCAUCUUGCUUUCCCCCUUCGUCAAUUAAACAAGUUCAUUUGUCAAGAAAUAAGUUGUAA